AUCAGGCACAAACAGCAUUGACAUCACAUGACAUGGUAACCUGCAACAGCCUCUGGAUGAGACGAGUCAGAUGAGUGACCUGCCUGUGAAGGUCAUCCACGUGGACAGUGGGAACAUCCUGACAGGGGUGGAUGCUCCCAAAGCUGGACAGCUGGAGACUUGGCUGGAGAUGAACCCUGGAUAUGAGGUGGCUCCGCGCUCGGACAGUGAAGACAGUGAGGAGGAGGAAGAGGAGGAGGAGGAAGAAGAGGAGCCUCAGCCUUCAGCAGCUCCAGUAGAAGAAAAGAUGAAGAUUACAGACCCUGACAGUGAAGAUGUGUCAGAGGUGGACGUCCGGCACAUCAUUGAGAACGCUAAACAGGACGUGGAUGAUGAGUACAGCGGUGCAGCAUUUGCUCGAGGACUCCAGUCAUACUACUCUGUGGCUCACGCUGUCACAGAGAAGGUGGAGAAACAGUCCAGCUUGUUGAUAAAUGGACAGCUUAAACAGUAUCAGAUUAAAGGUUUGGAGUGGCUGGUUUCUCUUUACAACAACAACCUGAAUGGGAUCCUGGCCGAUGAGAUGGGCCUCGGGAAAACCAUCCAGACGAUCGCCCUCAUCACAUACCUCAUGGAGCACAAACGGCUCAAUGGACCCUACCUCAUCAUUGUACCUCUCUCGACUCUUUCUAACUGGGUGUAUGAGUUUGACAAAUGGGCACCAUCAGUCGUGAAAGUGUCUUACAAAGGGUCUCCUGCUGCUAGAAGAGCUUUUGUCCCACAACUGCGUAGUGGCAAGUUUAAUGUUUUGCUCACCACUUAUGAGUACAUCAUUAAGGACAAACAAGUACUGGCCAAGAUCCGUUGGAAGUACAUGAUUGUAGAUGAAGGCCACCGUAUGAAGAACCACCACUGUAAACUGACCCAAGUCUUGAACACCCACUACCUUGCUCCACGGCGAGUACUACUGACAGGGACGCCACUGCAGAACAAACUUCCUGAGCUGUGGGCGUUGCUCAAUUUCCUCUUGCCCACCAUCUUCAAGUGCUGCAGCACCUUCGAGCAGUGGUUUAACGCCCCUUUUGCUAUGACUGGAGAGAAGGUGGACCUUAAUGAAGAGGAGACAAUCCUGAUUAUUCGUCGUCUCCAUAAAGUGCUACGCCCCUUCCUGUUACGGAGAUUGAAGAAGGAAGUGGAAGCACAGCUUCCAGAGAAGGUGGAGUAUGUGAUCAAGUGUGACAUGUCUUCUCUUCAGAGAGUCCUGUACAGGCACAUGCAGGCCAAGGGGGUCCUGCUCACUGAUGGAUCAGAGAAAGACAAGAAGGGUAAAGGGGGCACAAAGACACUGAUGAACACCAUCAUGCAGCUGAGGAAGAUCUGCAAUCACCCUUAUAUGUUUCAGCAAAUAGAGGAGUCCUUCUCUGAACAUUUAGGAUUCUCUGGUGGGAUAGUCCAGGGUCCUGACCUGUAUCGGGCAUCCGGAAAGUUUGAGGUGCUGGAUCGAAUCCUGCCAAAACUGAGAGCUACAAACCACAAAGUGCUGCUCUUUUGUCAGAUGACCUCACUCAUGACCAUCAUGGAGGACUACUUUGCGUACCGUAACUUCAAGUAUCUGCGUCUGGAUGGCACAACAAAGGCUGAAGAUAGAGGAAUGUUACUGAAGACAUUCAAUGACCCAGAGUCAGAGUACUUUAUAUUUCUCCUGAGCACAAGGGCUGGAGGCCUUGGCCUCAAUCUGCAGUCUGCUGACACUGUGGUUAUUUUUGACUCUGACUGGAACCCACAUCAGGACUUGCAGGCACAGGACAGAGCCCACCGUAUCGGUCAGCAGAACGAGGUGCGAGUGCUGCGUCUCUGUACAGUUAACAGUGUUGAAGAGAAAAUCUUGGCAGCAGCUAAAUACAAACUCAAUGUGGACCAGAAAGUCAUUCAGGCCGGCAUGUUUGACCAGAAGUCUUCCAGCCAUGAACGCAGGGCCUUCCUGCAAGCCAUCCUGGAGCACGAGGAGCAAGACGAGGUCUGGGGUCAAGAAGUGUGCCUACACAUGAAUGAGGAGGAUGAGGUGCCAGAUGAUGAGACGGUCAACCAGAUGAUUGCUAGGAGUGAAGAGGAGUUUGAACUGUUCAUGCGUAUGGACCUGGACCGACGUCGCGAGGAGGCUCGUAACCCACGACGAAAACCACGGCUGAUGGAGGAGGACGAGCUGCCCACGUGGAUCAUGAAGGACGAUGCUGAGGUUGAGCGUCUAACCUGUGAGGAGGAGGAGGAGAAAAUGUUUGGACGAGGUUCUCGACAGCGGAAGGAGGUGGACUACAGCGAUUCACUGACUGAAAAGCAGUGGCUCAAGGCGAUAGAGGAAGGGACAUUGGAGGAGAUGGAGGAAGAGGUACGGCACAAAAAGACGACCCGCAAGAGGAAGCGGGACCGUGACCUGGAUCUCCCUGGUCCCUCGUCUUCCAUAGGGGGACGCGGACGAGGUGAUAAAGAUGAUGACGGGAAGAGGCAGAGGAAGAGGGGACGACCACCUGUUGAGAAACUCUCACCGAAUCCACCCGCCCUCACAAAGAAGAUGAAGAAAAUUGUGGAUGCUGUUAUCAAAUACAAAGACAGCACCAGUGGGCGACAGCUGAGCGAGGUGUUCAUUCAGCUGCCAUCUCGAAAAGAGCUGCCUGAGUACUACGAACUGAUCCGCAAGCCGGUAGACUUCAGAAAGAUCAAGGAGAGGAUUCGAAGUCAUCGCUACCGCAGUCUGGGUGACCUGGAGAGAGACGUCAUGCUGCUCUUCCAGAAUGCACAGACCUUCAACCUGGAGGGGUCGCUGAUAUACGAAGACUCCAUUGUGCUGCAGUCAGUGUUCACCAGCUUGAGGCAGAAGAUUGAAAAAGAGGAGGAAAGUGAGGGAGAGGAGAGUGAAGAAGAAGAGGAAGAACAGGAAGAAGGAUCAGAAUCUGAAUCCCGCUCAGUGAAAGUGAAAAUCCGUCUGAGCAGGAAGGAUAAAGGUGGAGAUCGAGGGAAGGGACGCAGCAGGCGAACGGGACGCACCAGAGCCAAGCCGGUCGUCAGUGAUGAUGACUCUGAGGAUGAGCAGGAAGAGGAGCGCUCCCCCAGUGCCACUGAUGAGGAGGCCUGAACUGUACUGUGGAGUGGGAGGAAGGAUGUAUAAAGGGAUAUUCCACUAAAUCAAGCAACACUUAAACAGUAAUAAAACAUGCCUCAGUCUACUCCAUCCACCCUCAGUCCAAUGUUUUAGGGAAGUCUGUACAUUUACAAAUGUAUUCACUUAAACAUAUGAUCAUGUGGGUGAUAUAUGUUACCUAGUCUUUGUUUUAAACUUUACUUUUUUUCUGCUGCUCAGUCUAAAAAAAGUCUUAACAUAAGAGGAUCAAGUUAGCUUUUUAACCUUUCGUGCAAUUUCAGGAGUGCUUUUGAUCACGUGCACUGAGAACUUUGUAUACAGCCAUAAACACUUAAUUACUUUAAUUACUGCCUCAUUGGUUACAUUUCCCGAGAUAUAAAUACAACAGUAAAAUAUGCGUCAGCAAAGGAUGAGACAGUAAUAUAAAGGUAUAUUGUAAUAAACAAGAGCAAACCUGCUGGCCACCACACAGAGCAGGAAAUCCAUGUUUAUAAUGAGCAAAGGUGGAAAAAAGUACUUUAUUGUGAACUUUUCCAUCAGAACUUCCUUUUUUUUUAACUAUCCAAAUGUGUAAAACUAAAAUUAAAGACAAGUUUCCUCUUUAUUUUUUGUAUUCCUUUGUAAGAUAUUUGAUUCCUAUUUUAAUUAUUACCUAGCUAUAUUUUAUGUGGUGACAGUGGAAACCCAUCUUCAGAUAUCCAACAAAUGCCCUGAAGCCUCGUGUGAGUCAAAUUUUAGUCUGAAAACAAACAUUGUCUGGAAUAUCACUUUAUUUUAAAAGUUUCCUUGUUUAGGUAUUAGGUAAUAAAAAGCUAUAUAUAAAUAUUUAAUGAAUUAUUUAUGGCCAGUAUAAUAUGAUGCAGCUCAUACAUUUUUAAUAUUGUGCUGUGACUAUAACAUCUCUAUGAAGGCAAACUUUGAUUUUAUUGCUAUGUUUGACUACACUGCCAUCCAUUGUGUCUUUGCAGCAGCAUCCACUUAAAGGUGCCCACAGGAGUUGGCACAGUUAUUAACUAGAAUGGCGCUCAGUAGAGCACAUACCUCCCCCAGCAUAAAUUUUAUAUGUGCCAAUAACACGCUGCAAUAGAUAUCACCCAAAAUUUGUUAUACGCUAUCAUAAAUUACUAGAUCUCAAAGACUAGAAAUGAUGUUCUUGGCUUUUAAAAAUUGUAAAAUUUGAUUUUAUAUUUUUAUUUUAAAAAUGGGAUCCAUGUAAACAGAUGAUGCCGUAUAUAGUCGGGAUAUAUUUGACUCAGUUUAUAUACCCUAAUAGCAUCUUCUCAAAAAUCAAAUGAAGAAAAGGAAAAACAAACAUUUCCCGAGAUAUAAAUUGCAUAUGUGUAUGUGAUUUUUGUGUAGGAUUUGUAGUUCACUUUGCAUUAUCGUGAGUAUUUUAAUUCAAAAUAGAAAAAGAAUGAAUUAUUAACAGUAAAUGUUUAUACUUGAGUACCAAAUUUCAUCUUGAUAGAUGAAAAAAUCUCUGAGAUAUGCAGAGGUGGCAAAAGUACAGACAUUCUGUACUUAAAUAGAAGUACAAGUACUUGCAUUAAAAACUACUCUGGUAAAAGUUGAAGUUCAACGUCUUUACUCAAGUAAAAGUAAAAAAGUACAGGCUCUGAAACAUACUCAAAGAAAAUAAAAGUAGCACUUUGCAGGAUGUUUCUACCAACUAUUUUUCUGUGACACUAACUGAACCUCAUUAUAUAUUAUUGUAAUAAUAUAAAGUAGUACAUGAGAAUACAAAUGUUAUUCCAAUCUAAAUUUUAAUUCUAAUGAAUGCGCUCAUCAUGAACCUGUUAUGUAGGUCUGUUUUCUGUGUCCUACAUAGUAGAGGGUGACUGUGCCUCCACACCUAAACACAAAAAUGAGGAUGCUCAGGGGUUACAGUGGGAUUCAGAAGGUUGAGGAAACCCUAAGAUCAGUUGUAGUGGCUCCACAUGGGGAGAAGAAUCACAACUUUCUAUUUUGAAAUCCAGUAAAUUAUCUUGGUGUACAGGCUGUGAUCGGCUGACCUGCUGCUGCUCUCUUCUUCCUCUCCUUCCUCUUUCUUACAUCUUUCUCCAUCUGAGUGAAGUUAUCGCUCAUUCUUUGCUCUCCCUGGAAAUACAGCAGCUGUUCCUUUAGCUAGCAGACACACUGUGUGACAAACUGCAUGCACUUUUUGUGCUGAUAUUUGUUGAGCAUUUCGAAACGUUGCAAUUAAAAUUACGUGCCACACAUUACUCCCUUUAUGCUUGCUCCUCUUCAGUAGCGCCAGCUAAAUGCUGAAGUACUGCGAGCACAACUUACAGACAUCAGCCCUCGGUCCGGCCCACUGUAACCCCUGAUUGUAGCGCUAUAAAUGAUACAUUAAUUAUACGGUUUUGCCUCUGUAAUCUCCUUGUAUGCCAUAAGCCCCGGUGAUGGAGGAUGAGUAUGAUUGUCUCUUGUGUUAUUAUUCCUCAGUUUAGGCUCAGAUCGUUUGAUGUUUGACGGCGCACUGACUGGAAAGGCAAACCUUUCUCAGACGCGUUAAACCUAAAGUAACGAGCUUGUUUUGAAAAUGUAAGAAGUAGAAAGUACAGAUAUUUGUGUAAAAAUGUAGGGAGUAAAAUUAAAAUGUAGUCAGAAAAAAAACUUAAGUAAAGUACAAAUACCUGAAAACCUUUGACCUUUGACCUUGAAAAUGAAAUCAUAUGUUCUUGAGCCCCCAAGGAAUAUUUCCACAAAGUUUCAUCCAUUUUUGUUCAAAACCUUUUGGGUUAUAUUGCUAACAGACAAAUAAACAUAUCCUCCCUCCACCUAUCGGAGCGCGAGGUAACACACAUAAACACAACUAUGUAAACUGACUGAGGUUUGAUGGAGCUGAGGCUGUUGUACUCCACUAUUGUACAGCAUAAAAAGACCCUACUUUACCUUGCUGCUGCUUACCUGUUACACUUCCAGUAUAAGCACUUAAAACUGUUGAUUGUAGACUUAAAGAAUCAUGAGGUUGUAAUUCAUCAAUGAGUACUGUAACUUGGAUUGUUUCUUCUUCUUCUGUUGUUGUAUGGUGAUUUUUAGGAUUUCAGAACUGUUUCAUCUUCUUUGGAACUUUUCUGCUUUUGAUUUUUAAGACAAAGGACCAGAGGGACAUUAGCUCCUCUCUGUUUGUGAAUGCCUCAUGGCUCUAUGGUGUUGGAUAUACUGUAUAGAGUAUUUUCAGAUUAUAAUAUCAAUGCAUGUAUGUACAGCUUGCAAAUUCACUACUGUACUUUUCUCAUUAGGUAGGUAACCAGAGUGAACCAAAGCAUCAAUGUUUGUGUCUCUGUUGUGUUAUUUCAUUGUGGCUGAAACUGAAAAUAAAUUAUUGACAUUGUA